AUUUGGAAAACCCCUUCACAUCUCAUCAUGCACACCAUCCCUACAGAAAUCCUUAUCCGAAUAUACGGGGACCUCCCUGUUCCAGACGUGCUCCACUUAUCCGCGACUUGUCAUCGACUCCGCCAGGUCUUGGAUGAACAUACGCCUACUAUCUAUAAACGUCUACGCCGACAGAUCAAAUGUGAACGACAUGCGAGAGCCGUACUGGCAGAUCAAGGGAUUCUGCCGCUUAAUUCCCCUUCAGUGACUAUCCGGCACCUUCUACAAUUACAACGGAACUUCCGCGUCGUAGAGAAGGCGAUCGUUGUAUUUGAUCGGGAGGUCACAGCGAACAUCCACAUUUCCAACCCGAGUUUCAACAACAAAUUCUACGGAGGAAAACCCCGUCCAUUACAUCUAACCCCAACAGAACGUCAUCGGUUCAUCCGGAGCUACUACCAAGUCUGGAGUCUUCUACUCCUCGAUCGACCAUCUCGAGAACACCGACUCCGAACUACCCUCCUGAAGGAUCUAUAUCUGAUCUACGAGAUGUGCGAUUUCUGGGAGCCGUUUGAUGACGAAAUGGAUUUCCCCUCCCUUGAUGAGAAACGAAGUGAACUCAUUGAUCAAGUGUUCGACUAUUCCCGGUAUCUCUACUACCAUAUUCAUGAACAAGACUAUAUGGGUAUUUCGGGGGCGGAUGUUGAGUUGCAGACCCGAGGCCAUGCGGCUAUUUGGGACCAUUGCCAGCCGGAUUUUAAGAGGAUUGUUUGUUGGGAGUGGUGCGAUCCAGACAAGAAGCCGGUGAGGGAGGAAGAGGUGUGGGAGAAUACGACGGAUGAGGAAUGAGUUUAUCCUUUUACAUUAUGUAUCUAGCUGUAUGUACUAGUAGUACCGGGAUGAGAUAUAACUUCACUCGUGGCCUGGGGCCUGUGCUUAUCCGUCUGUUUCAGCCGCUGAUCUUGUUUUCUUAUAUUCUCGGGCUAUACGGUUACUCGGAUACAGUCAUACUUACAUAGUAUCUUACAUAGCGAAGUGGAGGGCUGAUGACCGAUGUCCUGUGUCAGGCUACAUCACGUGCUGG